UAUGAACUAGUUAUUUGUUGGUGUCGUGGUUGCUUUGAUGGGAAUCUCUAUAUUAUCUAUCUAAAGAAAAAAACUGCACAAUAUCAGUAGUCUUCCUCUUUUUUUUUUUUCAGCCUAUGACAUAAUUCUACCAUAAAUAUAAUUGCCAUUGAGCUAGUGCUUUUAAAGCCAAAUGCAAUCAAAGACCUUCCACUUGCACCAAUAACCAACAUCAUCAAAGACUCUUUUUCCAAUUUUCUUCUAGAAGAAAAAGAAGACCAACCAAAACCUCCAUAACAAACUUACCUAAAAAAUGGCACCAUCACCACCUUGCCACGUCGCCGUGGCGGCCUUUCCCUUCGGCACGCACGCCGCCCCACUCCUGGCCAUCGUCCGCCGCCUAGCUGCGGCGUCCCCGGGAACAACAUUCUCCUUCUUCAACACGAGACAAUCCAACAACUCCAUCUUCAACAAGGACACCGCCACUCAAUUCCCCAACAUUACGGCCUAUGACAUAUGGGAUGGGGUGCCGGAAGGCCAUGUCUUCUCGGGGAAGCCGCAGGAACGCGUCGAGCUGUUCGUGAAGGCGGCACCGGAGAGUCUGCGGUUUAACAUAGAGAUGGCGGUGGUGGAGACGGGGAGGGAGGUUAGCUGCUUGCUGACGGACGCUUUCUUUUGGUUUGGAGGAGAGUUGGCUCAAGACAUGAGAGUGGCUAGUUGGGUCCAAUUUUGGACUGCAGGGCCUUGUUCUCUAUCCGCUCAUUUUUACACUGAUCUUAUUAGGCAGCGGAUUUCCAUUGCAGCUAAAGGAAGUGAAAACGAACCCCUCAGUUUCAUCCCAGGAAUGUCCAAAGUUCUUGUCCAAGAUUUGCCCGAAGGAGUCCUCUUUGGAAAAUUGGAAUCAGUCUUCUCAAACAUGUUACACAAAAUGGGCCUAUUGCUACCACGUGCAAAGGCAGUUUUCAUAAAUUCCUUUGAAGAGCUAGACAAAACCAUUACGCAUGACCUCAAGUCCAAAUUCAAUAAAUUCCUCAAUGUGGGGCCCCUCAACGUAGUGUCCCCAUCACUGCCGCCAACCCCGGAUGAAAGCGGCUGCCUGCGGUGGCUCGACGAGCAGAAGGCUGACGCGUCGGUGGCGUACAUUAGCUUUGGUUCAGUCAUGGUGCCACCAAGAGAGGAACUAGAGGAAAUAGCUGCAGCCUUAGAAGGAGGUGGGAUCCCAUUCAUUUGGUCCCUCAGGGAGAAUGCAAAGGAAAAUUUGCCAAUUGGGUUUUUGGAGAAAACAAGGAAAACUGGAAUGGUGGUGCCGUGGGCCCCACAGAUUGAUAUACUGGCACACAGAGCAGUCGGGGUGUUUGUGACACAUUGUGGUUGGAACUCAGUUUUGGAGAGCAUAGUUGGCGGUGUGCCCAUGAUUUGCAGGCCAUUUUUCGGAGACCAAAGGCUCAAUGGGCGGAUGGUGCAGGACGUGUGGGAGAUCGGUGUGAAAGUUGAGGGUGGGGCUUUCACAAGGGCAGGGCUAGAAAGAUGUUUGGAUCUUGUUUUAUGUCAAGAGAGAAGGAAGAAAAUGAGGGACAAGAUCAAGAGUCUCAAAGAAGCUGCAAAUGAAGCUGUGGGUCCAAGAGGAAGCUCCACAGAGAACUUCAAGCUGUUGCUGGAUGUGGUAACGAGGCCUCAAGGAGUUGUAAGACUGAUAUAAUAAGCAUUAGUGUUAAGUUCAGUCUUCUUAAUAACUAUUGGAUAGGAUACAAAAAAUGUGCCACAUCAGCUUGGAGCACUUUUAAACCGCUAGAUCUUCGCCAAGCUUGGUCCAUUAUUUUGUAAUCUUAAGCUGCGAAUUAUUUAUAGGUUAUGAUUUUGUCAAAAUUCACUACUACUUGUGAUAACACCUUUUUAGCCCAAGUGUUGGUUGCCACAGGAGUAUUUAGCAACUUUCUUAUUUUUAUGAUGCAUCCUUAUUUCAAUUUGCUACAAGGCAGAGCAAUCCAUUAUAGCAUC